AUCUGUCUAUCUAAUCUAUCUGAUUUUGAUUCGGGAGAGAAACGAGAAAGGCUCCUAGGAUUUUGAUUCUUUCAAUCAUUUCAGAAAAACGAAUUCUUGAUUUUGGAGAUUUGUCAGAUCAUCUUCUUCUUCUUGUGAUCAUGGAUUUCUAGGGUUAGGGUUUUGAGAAGUCCUGAAUUCCAAAGAAUCUUCGUUUUUCUUUGGAUCGCUUGAUCAGAUUCCGGAAGCAUCUUCGAGUAGACAGAAUAGAAAGAGGCAUACAUUGGAUUUCAGACAAUUGCAGUCAGAUAACACACGUGGGCAUGGGUUGCUUCUGCUUCGGCAGCUUUCCAGCGAGUGAGAAGGAUCCUCAUCAACAAGGGUAUUCAUCAGGCAAGAAUAUCAACCUUUUCUCUUAUGAUGAACUGAGAGCUGCAACAAGGAAUUUUCACGAAAGCAGUAAGAUAGGUCGAGGAGGUUUUGGGACAGUUUACAAGGGAACCCUUAAGAAUAGAACUGAAGUUGCUGUGAAGACACUCUCUGCUGAAUCAAAGCAAGGAAUCCAAGAGUUUUUGACUGAGAUCGAUACAAUCACAAAUGUGAAGCAUCCAAACCUUGUUGAAUUAAUUGGCUGCUGUGUUCAAGGAAGCAAUCGGGUUUUGGUGUAUGAGUAUUUGGAAUACAACAGUCUUGAUCGCUUAUUGCUAGGUUCAAAAGGAAAAAAAGCUGACUUAGAUUGGAGCAGAAGAUCUGCAAUCUGUAUGGGGGCUGCCCGUGGUCUGGCAUUCCUUCAUGAAGAGCUUGACCCGCCUAUCGUGCACAGAGACAUCAAAGCUAGUAAUAUACUUCUUGACAGGGAUUUUGUGCCAAAAAUUGGAGACUUUGGCUUGGCUAAACUUUUCCCAGACAAUGUCACACACCUUAGUACACGUGUAGCUGGCACAGUGGGUUAUCUAGCACCAGAGUAUGCAAUGCGUGGUCAGUUAACUAAAAAGGCGGAUAUAUACAGCUUUGGGGUCCUUAUGCUUGAAAUAGUCAGUGGCAGAAGUAGUGCAAAAUCAACCUGGUCAGGGACGCAGAAAUUUCUCUUGGAAUUGACAUGGGAACUCUAUGAAGAAGGGAGGCUGUUGGAGAUGGUGGACUCAGAUCUAGAACAAUACCCAGAAGAAGAAGUCCUCAGAUACAUGAAAAUCGCUCUUUUCUGCACACAAUCUUCAGCCAAGCGACGGCCUUCGAUGGCCCAAGUUGUAUCGAUGCUCUCCAAACGCGCAAAUCUCAAUGAGAAACUACUUACACCACCAGGCAUCAUCCACGACGUGAUGCAAAUCAACAGAGGCUCAAAACCCACUAAUGCUAGCAGAUCAGAGACUGCAACAAGUUCCAUGGAUCCAAACUCCUCAGCCAUUGACUCGACCGAGCGACCCACCUCUUCGCCAGUGAGUUUCACUGAUAUGUCACCCAGAUGAUUAUCCCAUAAAAAUAAAAGCUUGGAGUCACCGUUACAUAUCCCGAGAUCCAACAGAAUUUUAAAGGUUUGAGACUGGCUUUGUAGGAUUUCUUCUCCAUUUGAAGAAGAGAUGUUUUAAAGGUGGGGAACUGCACUGACCAGCUCUUCAAUCUGGGCCAAGUGUUCUGUAUGGGUGGGCCCAAAUUUUUGCAGCUGAGAUGAUUAAUCUGUUGAGCUGCACCAUGGAUGGCUGUGGGCUGAAAUAUCCUCCAUCAUAGCAAUCCAAGCCAUCUGAUCCAAUGGUGACUAUUAUUCAAUGGGAGAGUCAUGUACAGCAUCACAUAUCCAGAUGAGGCCCACCAGACGAAUGGUAAAUGAAUUUUUAGAUUUAGAAGUUGGUCCGAAGAUCGACCAUUUGAGUUUUGUGGUGUAUUUAUUUUCUUCUUUUGUUCCUGUUCUUAUAUAUCGAUCCAUUUUGAAAAAUGUAUGCAUGCACUUUUCUGCAAUUUAAAUAAAAGAUUGAAUUUUAUUUUUUU